AUGUCUUCUCUUGCACCCCCGCCUGUCGCCCCUGCGGCAACGGUUCCGCCACCCCCACGUGCUACCCAGCCCGCUUCGUCUCGACCCGCCAAAACCGACGCAUUCAAUCUCAAGUAUCUCCUUCGCCUUCCGAUCCGGAUCUUCUCGCCCCCCAAGGCGUCGGGUAUGAUUGGCAGCGUGCGUUCACUGCGUGCGACUCCUUUAAACGACGUGCGACUCGCGGACGUAAUCGAAAACAAGCAUUUCUCGCCCUUGUCGCUCAAGGACUUUGAGGGCUACCUCGUUUUCAGGGAGCAUGCUGCUGAGAACCUGUACUUCAUUUUGUGUGAGUACACUCUCCCCAGCUUGAUUCCUCGCUCCAUGUCGUGAAGGGUGUCCUUAUCGGGGGCCACCAGCGGGCCCCGUGCUUCCAAGCCUUGCGCGCUCCUGGCUGCUGAGCGUUGAGCGCUGAGCGCUGAGCUCGGCUGCGGCGCGCUCUGGAAUCCGGAUGCAGCAACAAGCUGCCCCCAAGUUGCCCCCUGACGUGAGCCCUCACGUUGAUGCCAGCGCAAGGUCUCGAAGCCGCGUCCCUAUCGCCAGCGCAGUACCCAGGUUUGUGUCUUAUUGAUCGAGACAGUACUGACACCUUCUUGAUGUGCGCUCACUCAGGGCUCAACGAAUACGAGAAAGAAUGGAAUGCGUGGCAGCGCGACCCCACGGCGCUUAAGGAGGCACACGAUGCCCGGAUCACCGACCCUCAUGCCUCUCGUACAUUGACGCAGUUUCCACCUCAGCUACGCGAGUCACUAGAGCGUGGCCUCGAUGCCUUUUUCACUCCUGAUGGAGCGCUUGAACUCAAUUUGUCGGAUGCAACUCGUGACAAGGUGCUCGUGGAGGCUCGAUCCGGCAAUCCUGCAGACUUUGAGGAGGCUCGGGGCUUGAUACUGCACAGUCUGCACAGGUGCGCCCUCGCUCGUUGCGCUAUCACAGUAAAUCCCAUCUGACAUCGUGGCAUGGCGCACCUGCCCAGGUCUUUGGCUGCGCAUUCCAAGGCUUGUGUCGCCAACGCCGGUCCUCGUCGUCUCGUCUUCUGCUUCUGUCUCGGCUUGUCGAUCUUCUUGCUCGGUCUGAUACCGCCCCUCGUCGGCAUCCUUGGCGGAUAUGCUCGCGCAUGGCGAGUUGUGGGAUUGCCCUUCAUUUGGUUUGGUACCGCCGUUAUGGUGAUGGCGGUGAAUCGCAUCUGCGGAGUAAGUGCUCUGGACUCUGAAACCUCUCCCUGCAUUCGCAUCCUAUUUACGAAAUCUGUUCCCACCCAUCCCACCCAUCAAGGUCAUCUGGCUGCUAGGAGAAGAUCGGCAGCUGCUCCGCUACGAGGCUGAGCCUCCGACCGUACUAUCAAACUCUAUCGUUGACCUGGGUCCUGCUACGCCUCGCUCGUCCAGCUCUUCCUGGGAUGAAGAGUCUGCCUACGGCGACGAGAAAGAUUGUAGCCCCGAGCCUUCGUUCACGACUCGGACGUCCGCCACGCCUUAUCCGUGGGAAAGAACCGAUGCCUCGGCUGGUGUCGACUCUGCUACUUCGUGUCCUCCAUCUUACUUGUCGAAGGCGUCUACGCUUAACCUCGUGCCUUCCUCAGCUCAGGUAUGGGGACCGGUCACGAAGGUGUUUUCGCCGGACGUCGUGCGCGCUCAGUGGAGACUCGCCGUUGGGGCUCUUUUGGCCGGGGUCGUGGGCCUUCUCACUGUAGGAGUGGUGCUGAUGGCCGUUCCAAACAGAGCAUGA